AUGUUUCAGAUAAAAAACCAAAUCAAGUACAGCUCACCGGGUAUCGCCGCUGCUAAACUGUUUUCCUCCGGACCCGCCAAAAACCCGGUUGUGUUUCUGGACAUCGAGGCCGACGCGGAACCGAUUGGGAGAAUAAUCAUUGAGGUACCUAGCUAGCUAGUACUAGCCUUCUGGUUCAGGACUGUUCACUUUUCAGUGCAAACAUUCAUUCAUUUGGUGACUCUGAUUUGUUUGUGUUGCAGUUGAAUGCAGAUGUAGUGCCAAAGACUGCACGUAUGUUUUAUUUAGCUUUUUUGUUACAUGUUUCAUUUAGUAUUAAAGUUUCUCAAACUGUCCUUGACUUGAAAUGAAUAAAAAAACACUUUCUCCACAGAGAACUUCAAGGCCCUGUGUACUGGAGAAUAUGGCUUUGGAUAUAAGGGAUCCGUGUUUCACAGGGUCAUACCUGAGUUUAUGUGUCAGGUGAGAUUUACAGAGAGUUUGUGGGAAUAAAAAGUGUUGUCUAUGUUUGCUGCUGCUGUAGGGUUUUAUAUGUUUGUGUGUUUGUGUUGCAGGGGGGAGAUUUCACCAACCACAAUGGCACAGGAGGAAAAUCUAUAUUUGGGAAAACAUUCAAGGAUGAAAACUUUAAAUUAAAACACACUGGUCCAGGUAUGAAUAACCAUGGUCUACAAUUUUACUAAAUAUAUCAUCAUGAUGCUUUAAAUGUUAUUCUGUAACCAUUAGCUUCUUAAUGGUUGAUGAUAAAUCCCAUCUCACAUGCAGCUUUGCAUCCACAAUGAUUGCUGAUGGUUAGUUAAGGGUGUGGUUGUGUCAUGCAUUUCAACAUAAACUGAUAAGGAAAGAUAAGUCUCAAAGAAAAUAAUGAUAAAGUUUGAGUUAUAGUUUCAUAAAUACAUAGCUAGUUUCUCAUUGAUUGUAGUUCAAACCAAAAUUCACAAGUGCAUUUGUAAAUGUCAGAUGUUAUCCUUCUAUUUUUUUUUACAUGUACUGUAUAUUUUACUCUCUUUCCCUCUUAACAAUAUAACUGUCUUGUUGGAGUUGACUCUCCACUAGGUGGCAGUGCCUCAUUCAGUGCCAGCACUAUGACUACCUCUUUUACAGACUUAGCAAUCCCCAGGUGAAAGACCUACUUUUUGCACCAAUCAAAAUAACUUUGUUCUUGAGAAAACUUCGUCCACAUGCUGUUUAUUUUGCGCCUUGUUGAAAAAAAAUGCUGCAUAAUCAAAGUUUGCAGUUUGCCUCGAGGAAAGAAUAGAAAACAGACACAGUUGUUGACUUGUGGCAUGAUCCUCUUUUGCUACACUAAGGCUUAAAUGUUAUUGGGUCAGAGUUAAAAUAGAGUCAAAAGGAUCUGUUGACUGUUUCCAAUUUAACUUAUUUACUUUUUGGCCUUUUAAUCCCUGCAGGAACGCUUUCAAUGGCAAACUCAGGGCCAAACACAAAUGGCUCCCAGUUCUUUAUCUGCACAACCAAAACUGAAUGGUAAGUGCUUAGCAGAAUUUUUUUUUUACCACCAAAAUUUGGGUGAUUUGCUCCAAAGUCUUGACUCAUCCAAAUGCAUUAAUCUACCACUGGCUGAAGGGGUUUCUGUCUGUCUGUCUUUUGAUAGGCUUGAUGGUAAACACGUGGUGUUCGGGCAGGUGAAGGAAGGACUGGAUGUGGUCACUAAGAUGGAAUCUUUUGGUUUGCACGAUGGUGGAGUCAUCAAGAAAAUUGUCAUUUCUGACUGUGGAGAGAUCAAAUAA